CUGAGAUCUCAAGCCAUCGAGUCCCCCAAAUACACAAACUCCCAGACUACCUUCCUCAACUAUCAACUACUUCACCAUGCCUUCUUUCAAGGACUCCAUCUCUUCCACCCCUGCGGGCCCAUCGUCGGCCCCUACCCCUGCUUCGACUGUCCCCACUCAGUCUACUCGCGAGACUCUCCACGGAGCUACCGCAGCUUUGACCGCACAGGGCCUCAACCUUUGCCCUCACUGCUUCCGUGAGAUGUCGCACUGCAAUGAGCGCUUCGAGUUCGCUUAAAUGCUUCUCGAACCAAACCAUCGCCAGGAACGUGUGUGAUAGCACUCCGGCUAGAACAGAACCCUUCGAACGCUGCUGAAGGA